UUCUGCAUUUCUAUUUCCAAUCGCUUCUGUGCCUCAUCUUUAUCCAACGACGCAUCAAGUAUUAAUGCACCUUCAAGACCAGAAGAACCAUUUGCGGCGGAUUUAAGCCUGGAAAGAGCUUCUAGAGCGAUAGAAGAUACUCGAUCACUUCUUGACUCCUUUGAAGAAUUGCUAAGUAAGGAACUGAACGAAUUAGCCGAAGAACUGGUGAGCUCUGAACUCCUGGGAUGGCGGGACGACCUCGGAGGAGUACGAGAACGACCAGGAGACUUAUCACGAUCACGUCUGUGGUGCCUAUGACGACGAUGUCGGUCUGUACUGUGGGAUCUUGACCGCGAACGGCGUCUACGUGAAGAACGGUAGGGCGAGCGAUCAUGUCUUCCCAUUUUUCGACGACAAAUACAAAUCCGGCAAAGAAUGAAUGAUAGAACCCAGGUUUUACAUAAAUUAAAACAAAAAGCAAAUAAUUCCCAUCACUAA